AUGUCCUUCAGGUGCCGUUUGCGUCGAAAAAGAAAUUUCGCGCUUUCGCGAAAAAGAAACUCGACGAGCUUCUACAACCCGGAGGACGUCGGCCAGCGAGGCGCUUUCGUCGGCCUCGGCAACACCGAGCCCGGCACGAGCGCGGACGUCUUCGGCCUCGAGCAGCGCGGCGCUGUCGGGGACGGCGACUUCAGGCCGAGCGACGGCGGCGGCUAUGUGGCGUACAAGAAGGCGGACUACGCGCACGCCCUCUCGCGCUCGGACACCGACGUGCAGAUGUACCUGUUCGAAACCUUCGGCGGGUGGUGCAACGCGGUCAAACGGCUGUUCUACCAGAUGAAGGACAAGGUGCGCAACAAGCUCUCGAAGCGGCAGCACGAGGACGAGGCGAGCUGGUCGACGCGGUCGUGGCUGUCGCUGCAGGCCCAGCGCAUGUCAGUCGCGCUGCAGCUCGCGGCGGCGGAAGAGAUUGCGACCGAGCUCAGGCUCGCCGCGGCGCCCCCACACCUCAUGGGCUGCUGCUCGAGCACCGCCGCCACCGACCGCGCGCCCCCAGGCUCGCUCGCGACGCCACCAGCAUCACGCCACGGCGGCGCGCCCGCCUUGGUCUUCACCACCAAGCCGAGCAGGCCGGUGGGCGACGCAGCGGUCCCGCCCGCCCGGAGGUGCAUGUUUGCCGUCGUGAUGCCCGCGUCAACCGGCGCGCGGCCGUGCCACCUCUUUGUCGACCGCGAGAAGCCAGUCGAGGCGAUCCUGCACGCGGCCGCCUCGCACGGCGGGUUUGCUGUGGAUAAAGGCAAGCUGGUUGGCUCGCCUGAGAGGCUCAACCUCUUCACCUUCCCGGAGGGCGAAGUGGUUCGGCUCGAUCUCGAGGUAGACGCGCACCUCGGCGCGACGCUCCAUGAGGGGCGUCUCCUCGUUCUCGAGAAAGGCAAUCGGCUGAGCGACGAGCGCUGUCGAGCCCUGCAGGCGGCCCUGGGCCGCCACCCGGAGGCUGGCGAGGCUGCGGAAGACGCCGGCUCGCAAGGCGUUUCGGCCGUCGCGCCGCGGCGCGGGCCCUCCCUCUCGCCAUCCGCCGCUGACGCCGCAGGGGUCCAACCGCAGGGGAGCUCCACCUCCAUCUGGCAUACGUGGCGUCCAUACCCGUCGGCAUGCGCCGCCACCGGGUUUGCGAACACCGAGUAG